UAACAUACCACAAUAACACUCCUUUGGUAUAGCUUUGAUAUAAAAAUCUUCGGCUUAUUUCAGCCGCUGAAUUCUCAUUUGAUGAGGUGACUUUCAUUUGAUUUGCUUCAAUCAACUAGAAAUGUCAAUAAACAUUACUAAAAGACUUUAUUUCGGGAUAUGGAUUGGUUUAUGGGCUCUCGUAUAAAACCUCAAGGGCAAGACGCGCAUUUGGGAAAGAAAUUUCUUUAUUCUUUGGUAUAUCUCAUGAAGUAGCAUCCAAAUGGCAGCAAAACCCUUUUCAAAAGAAGAAUUGAAUUUCUUCAAAUUUGCAUCCAUCGUUCACGAUGAAUUUCCAAAUAUGCUACGUUCGACAUUUGAGAAAUUGUGGAAUUCGAAGAUUGCACCGUUGCCAGGUUACCAAGUUUGGGACGACUCACCCGCAGUCCGCACACUUCUUAAGACUAGCGAAGGCGGCACAACUCACAUACCAACUAGUAAAUCGUACAAGGAUUGGGAUUGUACAGCCUUGUUCAAGGCAACUAUUUACUCCAAGACCUUUGCAAUCUCUACGCCAACGACUGUCAAGACGCUCAGCGAUCAAUUUAUAAAGGGAAAGAAACCCAGUCCUUUUCAUGCCUCGCUAAUCAGUACAACUGGGAACCAGGAUGAAACUAUAACUUUAGCAAUCGACCAAAUUCGACUGCUUAGAAACCAAAUUUGUCACUUGCCCGAGUCUAGCAUAGAAAAACCUGCUUUCAAUACCUAUGUUCAACUUGCUAAGGAUGCUUUUACUGCUGUUAAAUUCUCAACAGGUCAAAUUGAUCAUAUUGAUAGCCUUGAUGAAGCAGAAUUUCCAACUGAAAGAGUUAACGAGUUGAUUAAAAAAAUAAGGGCCGUUGAACUGGAGAACCAAAAAUUUCUUAAAGAAAGGGUAGAGGAUAGAAUAAUAACGUUGAACGACUCUCAAGAAUGUGUUUUACAAGAACUUCAAGAAAUGAAGAAUGUUAUUAAGAAUCAGACUUCAGGGACAGAAUGUUCAGCAAAUGAGCAAGGAAUUCGUGGGCUCGCAGCACUCGGUGCUCUUCUUCCGAAUGUAACUAGCAGCUAUGGUGGUAUUAUGGAAUUUAAACUUACGACUGAAAAGUUACAUGCGCUUGAAGGUAUGGGUGUCAAUGGUAUAACUCUUGGUGAAUUAUUUUAUGCAUGUGCGAAAACUCUCCACGCUCUGAAAAGAGGCUUCGUUGAUGAAAGAAAUGACCAGAAAUUCGGCGAGAUCAAGCAAGGAUGUCUUCUUGUUCCAGUGCAUUGUCUUACAGAUGAAAGGUUUCUGGAGGUUUUGGAUGAUUUUGAAUCUGGAAGGCUGAAAGAACGUUUACUGGAUGAGUUUUCACUGAUUGGAGUUGAAAUAGAAGGAUUUGAGAUUGAGAUAAAGAACAUGGAAGAAGUAAACAAAACAAAGCAGGAUAUAAAACGAAGAUUGAUAGAAUCCACUACACGUUUGAAGGAAGUCGAAUGUCAGAAUUUGGACGCAAGUGGUAAUGAAGACGUGGCAAAGGUUUUCAUUGCUGAUCGAAAGAAUACAGCGAAAGCGACAAUCCUGCAUGAUGCUGUUACUGAAGGUACGCUGGAAAUAGUAAAAUAUCUUGUCGAAAAUGGAGCUGAUGUAAAUGGCGAGGACACAUGUGGAGUGUCCGUGCUGCACAAUGCUGUCAUUAAAGGUAGCCUAGAAAUGGUAAAAUAUCUUGUAGAACAUGGAGCUGAUCUAAAUGGCAAGAACAAAGACGGAGUGUCGACAGUGCUUCACGAUGCUGUUACUGCAGGUACGCUAGAAAUAGUAAAAUAUCUUGUCGAAAAUGGUGCUGAUGUGAAUGGAGAAAAUACUGACGGGUGGACAGUGUUGCAUUAUGCUGUUACUGAAGGUACGCUAGAAAUGGUAAAAUAUCUUGUCGAAAACGAAGCUAAUGUAAAUGGCAAGAACAUAGACGGAGUGACAGUGCUUCACGAUGCUGUUACUGCAUGUACGCCAGAAAUAUUAAAAUAUCUUGUCGAAAAUGGUGCUGAUGUGAAUGGAAAGAAUACUGACGGGUGGACAGUGUUGCAUUAUGCUGUUACUGAGGGUACGCUAGAAAUGGUAAAAUAUCUUGUCGAAAAUGGUGCUGAUGCGAAUGGAAAGAAUACUAACGGGUGGACAGUGUUGCAUUAUGCUGUUACUGAAGGUACGCUAGAAAUGGUAAAAUAUCUUGUUGAAGAGGGUGCUAAUUUUAAUGGCAAGAAUACUGACGGGUGGACAGUGUUGCAUUAUGCUGUUACUGCAGGUACGCUUGAAAUAGUAAAAUAUCUUGUUGAAAAUGGAGCUGAUGUAAAUGGCGAGGACACCGGCGGAGUGUCCGUGCUCCACAAUGCUGUCAUUAAAGGUAGCCUAGAAAUGGUGAAAUGUCUUCUAGAACAUGGAGCUAAUGUAAAUGGCAAGAACAAAGACGGCGUGACAGUGCUUCACGAUGCUGUUAUUGCAGGUACGCUAGAAAUAGUAAAAUCUCAUGUCGAAAAUGGUGCUAAUGUGAGUGGCAAGAAUACUGAUGGGUGGACAGUGUUGCAUUAUGCUGUUACGCUGGAAAUGGUAAAAUAUCUUGUUGAAAAUGGAGCUGAUGUAAAUGGCGAGGACACUUGCGGAGUGUCCGUGCUGCACAAUGCUGUAAUUAAAGGUAGCCUAGAAAUGGUGAAAUAUCUUGUAGAACAUGGAGCUGAUGUAAAUGGCAAGAACAAAGACGGAGUGACAGUGCUUCAUGAUGCUGUCAUUAAAGGUAGCCUAGAAAUGGUGAAAUAUCUUGUAAAACAUGGAGCUGAUGUAAAUGGCAAGAACAAAGACGGAGUGACAGUGCUUCAUGAUGCUGUCAUUAAAGGUAGCCUAGAAAUGGUGAAAUAUCUUGUAAAACAUGGAGCUAAUGUAAAUGGCAAGAACAUAGACGGAGUGACAGUGCUUCAUGAUGCUGUUACUGCAGGUACGCUAGAAAUAGUAAAAUAUCUCGUUGAAAAUGGAGCUGAUGUAAAUGGCAAGAACAAAGACGGAGAGACAGUGCUUCACGAUGCUGUCAUUAAAGGUAGCCUAGAAAUGGUGAAAUAUCUUGUAAAACAUGGAGCUGAUGUAAAUGGCAAGAACAAAAAGGGAGUUACAGUGCUUCUUGAUGCUGUCAUUAAAGGCAGCCUAGAAAUGGUGAAAUAUCUUGUAGAACAUGGAGCUGAUCUAAAUGGCAAGAACAAAGACGGAGUGUCGACAGUGCUUCACGAUGCUGUUACUGCAGGUACGCUAGAAAUAGUAAAAUAUCUUGUCGAAAAUGGUGCUGAUGUGAAUGGAAAAAUUACUGACGGGUGGACAGUGUUGCAUUAUGCUGUUACUGAAGGUACGAUAGAAAUGGUAAAAUAUCUUGUCGAAAAUGGUGCUGAUGUGAAUGGAAAGAAUACUGACGGGUGGACAGUGCUGCAUUAUGCUGUUACUGAAGGUACGCUAGAAAUGGUAAAAUAUCUUGUCGAAAAUGGUGCUGAUGUGAAUGGAAAGAAUACUGACGGGUGGACAGUAUUGCAUUAUGCUGUUACUGAAGGGACGCUAGAGAUGGUAAAAUAUCUUGUUGAAGAGGGUGCUAAUAUGAAUGGCAAAAAUACUGACGGGUGGACAGUGUUGCAUUAUGCUGUUACUGAAGGGACGCUAGAAAUGGUAAAAUAUCUUGUUGAAGAGGGUGCUAAUAUGAAUGGCAAGAAUACUGACGAGUGGACAGUGUUGCAUUAUGCUGUUACUGAAGGGACGCUAGAAAUGGUAAAAUAUCUUGUCGAAAAUGGUGCCGAUGUGAAUGGAAAAAAUACUGACGGGUGGACAGUGUUGCAUUAUGCUGUUACUGAAGGUACGCUAGAAAUGGUAAAAUAUCUUGUUGAAGAGGGUGCUAAUAUGAAUGGCAAGAAUACUGACGGGUGGACAGUGUUGCAUUAUGCUGUUACUGAAGGGACGCUAGAAAUGGUAAAAUAUCUUGUUGAAGAGGGUGCUAAUGUUAAUGGCAAGAAUACUGACGGGUGGACAGUGUUGCAUUAUGCUGUUACUGAAGGGACGCUAGAAAUGGUAAAAUAUCUUGUUGAAGAGGGUGCUAAUUUUAAUGGCAAGAAUACUGACGGGUGCACAGUGUUGCAUUAUGCUGUUACUGCAGGUACGCUUGAAAUAGUAAAAUAUCUUGUUGAAAAUGGAGCUGAUGUGAAUGGCGAGGACACCGGCGGAGUGUCCGUGCUCCACAAUGCUGUCAUUAAAGGUAGCCUAGAAAUGGUGAGGUGUCUUCUAGAACAUGGAGCUAAUGUAAAUGGCAAGAACAAAGACGGAGUGACAGUCCUUCACGAUGCUGUUAUUGCAGGUACGCUAGAAAUAGUAAAAUCUCUUGUCGAAAAUGGUGCUAAUGUGAGUGGCAAGAAUACUGAUGGGUGGACAGUGUUGCAUUAUGCUGUUACGCUGGAAAUGGUAAAAUAUCUUGUUGAAAAUGGAGCUGAUGUAAAUGGCGAGGACACUUGCGGAGUGUCCGUGCUGCACAAUGCUGUAAUUAAAGGUAGCCUAGAAAUGGUGAAAUAUCUUGUAGAACAUGGAGCUGAUGUAAAUGGCAAGAACAAAGACGGAGUGACAGUGCUUCAUGAUGCUGUUACUGCAGGUACGCUAGAAAUAGUAAAAUAUCUUGUUGAAAAAGGAGCUGAUGUAAAUCGCAAAAACAAAGACGGAGUGACAGUGCUUCAUGAUGCUGUUACUGCAGGUACGCUAGAAAUAGUAAAAUAUCUUGUUGAAAAAGGAGCUGAUGUAAAUGGCAAGAACAAAGACGGAGUGACAGUGCUUCAUGAUGCUGUUACUACAGGUACGCUAGAAAUAGUAGAAUAUCUUGUUGAAAAUGGAGCUGAUGUAAAUGGCAAGGACAAAGACGAAGUGACAGUGCUUCGUGAUGCUGUUACUGCAGGUACGUUAGAAAUAGUGAAAUAUCUUGUUGAAAAAGGAGCUGAUGUAAAUAGCAAGAACAAAGACGGAGUGACAGUGCCUUAUGAUGCUGUUACUGCAGGUACGUUAGAAAUAGUAGAAUAUCUUCUUGAAAAUGGAGCUGAUGUAAAUGGCAAGAACAAAACGGAGUGACAGUGCUUCAUGAUGCUGUUACUGCAGGUACGCUAAAAAUAGUAAAAUAUCUUGUUGAAACUGGAGCUGAUGUAAAUGGCAAGAACAAAGACAGAGUGACAGUGCUUCACGAUGCUGUUACUGCAGGUACGCUAGAAAUAAUAGAAUAUCUUGUUGAAAAUUGAGCUGAUAUAAAUGGCAAGAACAAAGACGGAGUGACUGUGCUUCACGAUGCUGUUACUGCAGGUACGCUA